UAAGGUCAUACCAACUAUUUGUGCAAAAUCUUGUUUGGGAAUCUAUUUCUCAUUAAAACGAACAUCUAUGCCUCCUUUCCUUCUUCCUUCACCAUCACGUUUACCCAAAAAAGAAACAAACUUUAGAAAUAAUCCAUUUAUCUUUGACGCAUCGUUUCUUCAAAAUGAAACUAGCAUACCCCAACAAUUCAUGUGGCCUGAGGACGAAAAGCCCCACCUUGAUCUACCACUACCACAACUUCGUGUUCCUCCGAUUGACCUAAAUGAUUUCCUCACCGGUGACUCCCUUGCAGUGUGCAAUGCGGCUCAGCUAGUUGAUGCUGCUUGUCGAGAACAUGGGUUCUUUCAAGUUGUUAACCAUGGUAUUGAUCAGAGGUUGAUAAAUGAAGCUCACAAGAUCAUGGAUCUUUUCUUUGGAAUGCCACUUUUAGAGAAGCAAAAGGCUCAACGAAAAGUUGGUGAGUACUGUGGAUACGCUAGUAGCUUCACUAAUAGAUUCUCCUCCAAGCUUCCAUGGAAAGAAACACUUUCUGUUCGAUAUUCUGCGGAUCCACUAUCCUCAAAUUUGGUUCAAGAUUACUUCUUGAAAGUAAUGGGGGAAGAUUUUAGUUAUCUCGGGAGAGUUUGUCAAGAAUACUGUGAAGCUAUGAGCAAACUUUCUCUUAGUAUCAUGGAGCUACUAGGAAUGAGCCUUGGGAUCGGUCAAUCCUAUUUUAGGGAUUUCUAUGAAGAAAAUGAUUCGAUAAUGAGAUUAAACUACUACCCGCCAUGCCAAAAACCAGAUCAAACACUUGGAACCGGUCCCCAUUGUGAUCCAACAUCUCUAACCAUUCUUCACCAAGAUAAUGUUGGUGGGCUUGAAGUUUUUGUAGACGAAAAAUGGCACUCCAUUGCUCCAUGUUCCGAAGCCUUUGUUGUCAAUAUCGGAGAUACAUUCAUGGCAUUAUCAAACGGAUUGUACAAGAGUUGCUUACAUAGAGCAGUUGUGAACAAUCACACACCAAGAAAGUCUCUUGCGUUCUUUCUGUCUCCUAGAAUGGACAAAGUCGUGUGCCCACCAAAACCAUUGGUUGAAGAUGUUGAUAAGCAGAGAAGAUAUCCAGAUUUUACAUGGUCGACUUUCCUCGAGUUCACUCAGAAACAUUAUAGAGCAGACAAGAAUACCCUUGACGCCUUCUCAAACUGGCUUAAGAAUGGAAGAAAAUGAUGGAUGCAUUUAAGAACUUAAAGAGAAUCCAGUUUCAGUUUUGUACAAGUUAAUAAUCCUUCAAAUCGUUCGUAUUUCAAUCAAUCAUCUAUGCCAGAUUAAGCAAAAAACAUGUUAAUUAGCCGUACCUAAGACUUGUUCGUACAUUCAUGUCCCUAUAGAUUCAUAUACAGGUUUUGUGUAAGCUCGAGCUUUGAUUUGGUUUGUAUAGUCUUGAUUCCUGUAUUGACUGCGCGUGCAAAAUUUUGGCUUGGUUUUGUUCACAUGGGAUGUAUUAAAUUUAAAACUUUUUAAUAAAACUAUAUGAAUCCACUAUGUCCAAGAA